CGUUUUGUCUCCUGUCAGCCUCCUUGCAGCCCGUCCAGCAGCACAGGCAGCAGCUGCAGGCAGUGAGGCUUUCUUCUCACCUGCUGGGCAGGGAGCCCUGGCCAUUGCUCCCCCUCCACCAUGAUCCUUUGGCUAUGGCUCUGCUGGGGCUUCUCCACCUCGGCAGCACAGCCCGACUCAGAGCUGAUGGCAAGGUACCUGGAGGAGAAGUUGAUGGCAGACUACAGCAUCAUGGAACAAGUUGCACGCCGCGUUCCAAGACAGGCCAAAUUUUUGCAGAGGCUGGAAACCAGGCCUCGGAUGUCUGAAUUCACUGUGAAAUCCACAAUCAUUUCUCGGUAUGCUUUCACCACGGUGUCGUGCACAAUGGUGAACAGCGGAUCUGAGGCACGAGAAGGUGUGUUUGAGAUGCAAAUCCCAGCUGCAGCCUUCAUCUCCAACUUUACUGUGAUCAUUGGCAACAAGACUUAUUAUGGGGAGGUCACAGGGAAAGUAAAGAAACACAGCAGUGAUGACAAAGCAAGGCUCAAGAAACCGCCGAGCCCUGCGGAUAGAAGGGAGAACGGCUAUGAGACGUUCAAAGCUUCUGUCUUCAUUCCUCGCAAGAUGCAGGCCAAGUUCCUACUGCAUUAUGAAGAGCUUUUGCAAAGGCGACUGGGAAAAUAUGAGUAUACAGUCAGCAUCCGUCCCCAGCAGCUGGUGGGGAGGUUACGGGUGGAGGUGAACAUCCUGGAGAAGUCAGGCAUAGUUUCACUGGAGGUGCCUCCCCUUCGAAACAGCAAACAUAAAGGCAAUGGGAAAGUUGAUGGUGAUGUUUCUCCUCCUCCUUCUACUGUAGUUGGACAUACCAAGACCUUAGCUAAAGUUACGUUCAAUCCUACUGUUGUCGAGCAAACCAGGAUUGCCCGAAAUGGCAUUCUGGGAGACUUCAUAAUUAGAUAUGAUGUCAACAGGGAGCUAAGUAUUGGGGAUGUUCAGAUUCUUAAUGGGUAUUUCGUGCACUACUUCGCGCCCACAGAUCUUCCUCCAUUGCCGAAGAAUGUUAUCUUUGUGCUUGACAGCAGUGCUUCGAUGGUAGGAACGAAACUGAAGCAGACCAAAGAAGCUCUCUUCACAAUUCUCCAGGAUCUAAGGCCUGAAGACCACUUCAAUAUCAUUGGCUUCUCCAACCGAAUAAAGGUUUGGCAGCAGGAUCAACUGGUUCCAGUUACUCCAAAUAACAUAAGAGAUGCCAAAAAGUACAUUCAUAACAUGUCGCCUACUGGAGGGACUAAUAUUAAUGGUGCUCUCCAGACUGGUGCAAAGUUGCUAAAUGAUUACAUCGCUCAGAACGACCUUGAUGCUAGGAGCGUCUCUCUGAUCAUCUUCCUCACGGAUGGGAGGCCCACUGUUGGAGAAACACAGUCUUCCAAAAUCCUCAGCAACACCAAGGAUGCCAUUCGUGAUAAAUUCUGUCUCUUCACCAUUGGCAUUGGCAAUGAUGUGGACCAGAAACUGCUGGAGAGGAUGGCACUGGAGAACUGUGGCAUGACAAGGCUUUUCCAGGAGGAUGAGGAUGCAGCUAGCCAUCUCAAAGGGUUCUAUGAUGAAAUAGGAACACCCCUUCUCUCUGACAUCCGUGUUGAUUACUCUGAAGACAAUGUGGAGCAAGUCACCCAGAACUUCUUCCCUAACUACUUCAAUGGCUCUGAAAUUAUAAUAGCUGGCAAACUCAUCAACCACUCCUCAGAUAGUCUCCACGUAGAGGUGACUGCCAGCAACUCCAAGAAGUACAUCCUCCUCAAAACUGAUGUGGCUAUCGACCUGCCAAGCAGGAAUGACAUCAGAGGCAUCCCUGGCCUGGAAGAUGACAAAGGUGAUAAAAAUUAUGUUGAAAGGGCAUGGAGUUACCUCACCAUCAAGGAAUUGCUUAACUCUCGGCUGAAAAGUGAUGACGAUCAGGAAAAAGACUCUUUGAUGGAGAAAGCCAAGGCAAUGGCUCUGACUUAUAAUUUUGUUACUCCCUUCACUGUUCUGAAGAUGAGAGAGGUUGGGCUUCAUUCAGAACUACCUCAAGAGGAGUUUAUUCACCCUUCUACUGAUGGUAUUGGUGAAAAGUUGCAGAGCUUGCAGGGACACAAGGCACCACCAGGUAUACGCAAACAACAAGAUAAACAAAGAAUUAGAAUCUCCAAAACUUCAGCCGAUGGAGACCCUCAUUUUGUCAUUGAUUUUCCCUCCAGCAAGUUUUCUGUGUGCUUCAAUAUUGAUGGAGAACCAGGGGAUAUUCUCCGACUGGUCUCGGAUCACAAGGAAUCUGGUGUAACUGUGAAUGGGCAAUUAAUCGGAGCUCCUGCACCACCCAACGGCCAUAAGAAGCAUCGGACUUACUUUAGUACCAUCACUAUCCUCAACAAUAAGCCAGAGAGAUCUUACCUAGAGAUCACACCCAGAAGAAUCAUCCUGGAUGAUGGGGAAAGACUUCUUCUGUCCUGUGAUCGGGACGCUGUUGUGCGGAGCAGCAGCCUUGAGGUCUCCAUCUCUGCUAAUUCCAACAUCACUGUGACGAUACGAGACACAAUCAGCUUUGUCAUCCUCAUUCACCGUUACAAGAAGCCAGCCCCAUAUCAGAGGAAUCACCUGGGGUUCUACAUCUCCAAUAGUAAAGGCCUCUCUUCUGACUCCCAUGGGCUACUGGGUCAGUUCUUGAACCAUGAAGUUAAACUUCUUCAGGAAUCUCUAAAUGCAAGUCAUCAGCAGGUUGGUCAGAACCAAACUGAAGCAUUAAAGCCAAACCCUACAAAUACCCUAAAAGUGAAAGGACGGCUCAUUCCUGUUGUGUGGAAGCAGAGGAGGAUCUACAACGGUCAGCAGGAAGUUAAUUGCUGGUUUGCCAAAAACAACGCGGACAAACUGAUCGAUGGGAGCUAUAAAGACUAUUUGGCUUCUCAUCCUUUUGACACAGGAACCAGCUUUGGGAUGAUUAACAGCCUUUAAGACCAAUCAUAGCAAUGCAUUGCAGCAGCAUGUGUGACAGCGGUUCCCUUCUGAAGCCUCUAGAGCUAGGCAACUUAUGACUAUUUCUUUACUUUUUGGUGCCAAAGAAACCAAGGUUUUUUGCCCUUGGAAAUCAGCUGUCUCUCUUUCAUGCUAGAUGAAUGUUGUUCAUAAAAUUCCUGAAGAUGAGAAGGUUUGGGGAAAGGGCUAAGGAUAUGGUUAAAGGUGUGACUGGUGCUCUCCCAAGGGGGAAGGGAGGGAGAAAUGGGCCAGCACUCAUAUCGAACAGUGCAGAGAGCUGCUCGCCUCAAACCAAACCCAUGCAGGGCAUCUGUGCAAUACCCUCAGAGACUGGUGAGUCACCCAGUUAGAGGCAUAAGUCAUACAGCACAGUGUGUAUCUAGAGAGACAAUUUUGGGUGAUACACUUUGCAAAGAAGUGACUUGGAGCACCUGCUCCAACCAAGUUCCCUGGGGAAAGAAGAGUGAGAGAGAGAGAGGAGAGUUGGGUGAAUACUCAUCUGCAGUGACCUAUUAGCAUCAAAGAUGUAAACAAAGAAAUCAAAACCUUAAAUCAACACGCAACAAGAGGCAAUUGCUUUCUUGAUUACUGGGAUGAGGUCUGGAUUUGCCACUAAAUAUGAUGUUCCCUGAACCACUAAAGACUCUUAAACAGUGGUGAAAACCUUCAUAUGAUUUAUUGCUAUCUCAGUGCACAAGCUUAAAAAGCACCUCUGGUCUCCAGCAGCAACAGGAGACAUGUAGGCUCCCAUCCUGUGAUGCAUCUCACAUAAAUAACAUUAUAGGUUUAGUGAUUUCUUGAGUCUUGACACCUUCAGAAAGAAACAAAUUUUCACCGAGAACUUCCAACAGACCUGUCACCUCCUUAAGCAGAGUAUCACUUCUGUUUAGCAGAGAUCUAAAUACUCUAAUGCAUGAUAAACCAGCACCUGCAACAGCUUAUAAUCCUAUAAAGAAGAAUAGAUGUUUCUGCCUGCUUUUCUAAUCAGGGAGGAAGUCUUUAUUUACUCCAAAUUGUCAAAAAUUUUGCAACCAAAUUUCCCCUGGCUCCUUACAUGGAAUUUAUAUGCAGCAGGAAUUUGGCAGCAGGAGGUUACAGAAGGGUUCAAUUCACCAGCCACCCCCACUGCAGGUGGUGCUGCUCUGCAAAGACACCUCCAAACCCGAUGCACAAGGCUGUGGUCUGUUUUAAAGUGAGGCAUCACUGAAUAAUGCUAUAGAUGAUCCACAAGGGAGUUUGUGGUUGUCUAAGUCUUCACUGGCCAAGUUCUCCACUAAGCAAAGACAUUUACAUGGCAAGGCCAAAUUGAGUUCACACGCAUACUCUGCCUUUACAGAACUGAAAGGAAGAAGGGUGACCAUGGAAGCACCUCCAGGAGCUAAAUGAUAUCCAUAUGUUAGGAGAAAAGAGUUGCCAGAGAUCUACAGAAAUAGGUUCAAUCUUGACUGUUUUUUUACAUAUUUAACAAUUAAAUAAUAUUGUGGCUGUAGGAGCUCUAGCUGCUGGUGGUGGGGUGGUGAUUUUCCAAUUGCUUGAUCGUCUAAUUAGUUAAUGCUAGCACAGUGGUAGCAAAGCUGGUAGCAAAUAUACCAUGUGCAGUGGGGAAGAGAGAAAUAGCCAAAAGCAACCAGCUAGAUUUAAUUGCACUCUGGAGAACCCUGGUAGAGAGUUCAGCUAGUGCAAAAC